CUCAAAAAAAAAAGUCAUUAAAAAAAUUUGUUAAUUUUGUAAGUGAAUAAGUGAUAGUUCUUUGUAAUUUGCCUGUCUUUGAUUAGUCAGGAAGUUGAGCAUUUUAACAGAGUUAUGUGCAUUUCCUCUUCAUUGAGUUUUCUGUGCAUGUGCUCUGCCUUUUUUCCUAUUGAGGGCCUAGCGGUUUUCCUCUGUUUUGAAUGAUCCUUUUACAUUACUAAUUUGUUGUUGAGUCCCUUAUGUAUAAUGGAUAGACAAAUGAUCUGAAACAGUGGUGUAGUGAGACUGCAAGAAGAAAGAAAAACAGGGAGCCUGGAAGUCCCUCCCUCUCUUUCUGUCCCUCCCCGCUUCCUUCUAAUUUAAUAGAGAAAAAGUAUAGUUUAGGUGGAAAGAAGUGAAGAAAGAAAGAAAACAAGGUAGGUGGGUGAGUGAGAAGAUGAAGAUAAAGAGACUUGAAGGGAGAAGGUGGAAAAGGCCAGAGAAGUGGUGACAAGGAAGAGGAGUGAGGGAAGGAAAACAUGGAGAGGAUGGAAGAAUGGAAGACAGAGCUUUAGGAACUCCACGUGCUUCCCUUGGAUAAUUAUAUUUUUCUUUUUUCUUUUUCUGCAUCAACCUAGCAAAUCCCUAGGAGAAGAUGACUGUGUUCUUUAAAACACUUCGAAAUCAUUGGAAAAAAACUACAGCUGGGAUCUGCCUGCUGACAUGGGGAGGCCAUUGGCUCUAUGGAAAACACUGUGAUAACCUCCUAAGGAGAGCAGCCUGUGAAGAAGCUCAGGUGUUUGGCAAUCAACUCAUCCCUCCCAAUGCACAAGUGAAGAAGGCAACCGUCUUUCUCAAUCCUGCAGCUUGCAAAGGCAAAGCCAGGACUCUAUUUGAAAAAAAUGCUGCCCCGAUUUUACACUUAUCUGGCAUGGACGUGACUGUUGUUAAGACAGAUUAUGAGGGCCAAGCCAAGAAACUCCUGGAACUGAUGGAAAACACAGAUGUGAUCAUUGUUGCUGGAGGAGAUGGGACAUUGCAGGAGGUUAUUACUGGCGUUCUUCGAAGAGCAGAUGAGGCUACCUUCAGUAAGAUUCCCAUUGGAUUUAUCCCACUGGGACAGACCAGUAGUUUGAGUCAUACCCUCUUUGCCGAAAGUGGAAACAAAGUCCAACACAUUACAGAUGCUACACUUGCCAUCGUGAAAGGAGAGACAGUUCCACUUGAUGUCUUGCAGAUCAAGGGUGAAAAGGAACAACCUGUGUUUGCAAUGACUGGCCUUCGAUGGGGAUCCUUCACAGAUGCUGGCGUCAAAGUUAGCAAGUACUGGUAUCUUGGGCCUCUAAAAACCAAAGCAGCCCACUUUUUCAGCACUCUUAAGGAGUGGCCUCAGAUUCAUCAAGCCUCUAUCUCAUACAUGGGACCUACAGAGAGACCUUCCAGGGAAGCAGAAGAGACCCCUCCACGGCCCUCCUUGUACAGGAGAAUAUUACGGAGGCUUGCGUCAUACUGGGCACAACCGCAGGACGCCCUCUCCCGAGAGGUGGGCCCAGAGGCCUGGGAAGAAGUGCAGCUGUCCACCAUUGAACUGUCCAUCACAACGCGGAACAGUCAGCUUGACCUGACAAGCAAAGAAGACUUUAUGAACAUCUGCAUUGAACCUGACACUGUCAGCAAAGGAGACUUCAUAACUACGGGAAGUAAGAAGGUGAAGGACCCCACGCUGUAUGCCGAGGGCACCGAGUGUCUCCAGGCCAGCCAGUGCACUCUGCUGCUUCCCGAGGGAACGGCGGGCUCUUUUAGCAUCGACAGUGAGGAGUAUGAAGCGAUGCCUGUGGAGGUGAAACUGCUCCCCAGGAAACUGCAGUUCUUCUGUGAUCCGAGGAGGAGGGACCAGAUGCUGCGGAGCACGGCUCAGUGACAGACGAAGGAGACGGGCGUUCUGGGACUGCACUUAGGCCACCAGUGGGACCAAACGGGAACAAAGCCUCACCUGUCCCCACAGUGCUGUCAGAGGACCCCGAGGGCACUUUUAUGGCAAGUACCCCCUGCCCUUCUCUAGCAGUGCUUCCGAAGUGUACUCUGUGCGACCCGCUUUGCAGUUGGCUUUCCGUUAGCGCAUGCUUUUACUUUGGUGUGACCGUUGAUGCCUCAUACUGAUUUUCCUCAGGCUAGUUCCAGUAGAUUCUCACACUCAGUGGAUGGAGAAGGGCUAGACCUUGUCUCCCCAAGGGUGAGCAGAGUGGAGAACAGGCUCCUAGGCUGUCGUGCCCUGCGUUCCUGUCCUGCUCUUUGGCUGUCCCAGGACUUCAGGGAAGCUCCUGCCUUCCCCGCCACCUUGUCCUGCUUCUAGGCUUCUCCAUGGGUGCUGCUGCUUUGUGAGCUGAUUCUUAUUUAGCUCAUUUCAGGUCUACCCUCAAUCCACAAACAUGUGAGGUGUUUCCCUCUUCAGCUAUGGCUGAAAUCCUGUAAAAUACUAGUUUUUAUUUGACUUUUUUAAAGUAGUGCUUCUUAAAUGUUGGUUUGCAUGAGAACCACCGGGGGUGCAUGUUGAACGCUGACUUACUUGGAACCCAAACAACAAUCCAGGGAUGAAGGCCAGGAAUCUGCAUUUUUGAAAAAGCAGCCACUCUCCCCAGGGAGGUCCCCUCAACCCUACCUGCUACCUGGACAAACAGUGUGAGCAGUGGUCCACGCACUGUUCUGCUCGUGUCUUCCCUAAAAGCAUUUUGAAAAAUCAUGUAUCCCCUCACCCUUUUAAGUUGACAUCUAACAUUUUUCCUGGGAAGUUAAAGAGUUGCCAAAGUAUGUACUUUCUGGUGUCAUGUAACUAUUGAUAUUUUAAAAUAAAACUGUUACAUCACUCUUUUAAACAUUUUCAGUGUAAUUUAAAUACAUAGCAAUUUGACACUCAUUAUUUACAAAAAUAAGUGAAUAAGUUCUCUCGUAGUUGGAAAUUUUAAAUUGACUUUCUCUUUUAUAUGUAUUUCCAUACCACUUUCAGCAAAUAAUAUCAUAAUGUAAUCUAUGCUUGAAAUAUUUUUAUCUUCUUGCCAACAAAAAAUAUAAAUGAAAAUAAUUUUUUUAGUUAAGUAUUAAUUCAGUACAGAGUAAAUGUUAUAAUUAUUGAAAUACAAUUGAUUAAAGCAAUAUUAAUAUAAAAUUUUUGGUAAUUAAAAAUUAACAUUUUAUUAGAA